AUGAACGAGCUACUAAAACAACGAGAAAAGUUUCGCCAAAGUGCCAUCCGUGCUGCAGAGACGGCUCCAAAGGCAUCUGGGUCCAGUUCACAUUCCACUUACGUACCGGUCGAAAAUCGAGGCAUCAAAAGGAAAAGGACAGAAGGUCGGAAGGAAGAUAAGCAAGCAAACUCGGUCAACUUCUCUGUAAUGGCAAGGAUCGUGGACUACAUGAAGAAGCGACAUCUGAAUGGCUCUCAAUGGGGAUUGUCAUUGACUGAGGUCCUGGAGGAGAUGGGAAUGUUCGAUUUGACCAAGAAGAACAUCGCCUGGUUGGAAGGAGCUCUUCCUGACAAUACUCGGCUUCAAGUUCAGAUGGAGGGCGAGCUCGUGAAGUACGUUUUCAAACCGCCGCUGAAGGUCAAGAACAGCAAGUCAUUGAUGCAGACGUUAAAGAAGUAUCACCAGGAUUCAAAGGGUGCUUUGCUGCUCACCGUGCUCAACGACUGUCUGCCGAAUGCUGCGAAGGUUGUAGAAGGUCUGGCUCCAAAUGUCAUCGAUAUUCCUACUCAGGUAAGGAUUCUGGGCUUAAUAUUAAUGUAAAAUUAAAUUUUAACUUCUUGAUAACAUCAAAAAGAUAAAAAGCUUGUUAAAAGGGUUUAAAGUAGGGUUUUUUGCUAACUGUUUAAACUUUACUAGUUUUGUAGGAAUGUUUAAGUUUGUUUUUUCGUAUUGUUUAUCUCCAUGUCAACUCAAAACAGGAAAUUAAAACUUUGAAAAGUAAUUAUUAGUGUUAGGUUAUAGUUUUGCAUACAAUUAAUUACACAGAACUAGUAGAACAACGUUGUAAUUAACUAAGUGUAACUUUGAACAUUAUGAUUUGUAAAUCCUUUUGGUUUUUUUCGUAUUUUAAGUAAUAAUUUUGCUACGUCAAUGAUUUUAGUUAAAAUUGUGGUAGAUCAUUAAUUUUGAAAAAUUUUAUUUAAAUAUUUUUUAAUAACUAAAUAUUUUCAGGUAAACAAACGAAAGGACCACGCUUACUUUUACAAUGAUCCAGAAGUCGACAUCAAGAUUGACGAAGAGUUUGUCAAGUUGUGGAGGACGUGUAAUGUAGAUCAUUUGGACGAAAAGAAGGUGGAAGAGUACCUUCAGAAGCACGGCAUCAGCACCAUCAAGGAUUUGGCACCCACUCGACAGACUAACAUUCCAAAACGGAAGCAAGCCAAACGAAGGACGAAUACGAAAGUGCAGAAUACGCACUUGGACGGGUUAUUGGAGGAGUAUGAUAAUAAUUAA